UUAUGAUCGUAACAAGCAACACGGAAAAGGAGCAGCUUUUUCUCCCUGUAUAAAUACUGGGAGAGGUUCGUUGGUCUCCUCUGCUUCUCCCACUGCAAAGCCUUGCAGGCUGGUUGGUUGGUUUUUUGGUUUUGGGUUUUCGCAUUACUUUUCAGAAAAACAAAACAACCACCCAAAAACCAAAAAAAAAAAAAAAAAAAAAAAAACACCAUGGCUGGUGGUAAGAGUCUUCUUGGCCUUUCCCUUUUCACUCUCCUCUUCCUCGUCUCCUUCUCCAAUGGCUUCCCAUUCUCCCACCGCGGCCACCACCGUCGCUUGGCCCGUCACAACUACCGAGACGCCCUCGCCAAGUCCAUCAUUUUCUUCGAAGGUCAGCGCUCGGGGAAGCUCCCUUCUAACCAGAGGAUGACUUGGAGGAGAGACUCCGGCCUCUCCGACGGCUCUGCCAUGAAUGUUAAUUUGGUCGGAGGGUACUACGACGCAGGGGACAAUGUGAAGUUUGGGUUUCCCAUGGCUUUCACAACCACCAUGCUUUCAUGGAGUGUUAUUGAGUUUGGUGGGUUGAUGAAAUCCGAGUUGGGGAACGCCAAGGAAGCCAUUCGUUGGGCCACUGAUUACCUCCUCAAAGCCACUGCCCAUCCAGACACCAUUUACGUUCAGGUGGGGGAUGCAAACAAGGACCAUUCUUGUUGGGAGAGACCUGAAGACAUGGAUACGCCGAGGAGUGUUUUCAAGAUAGACAAAAACAGCCCGGGUUCUGAAGUGGCUGCCGAAACUGCUGCCGCUCUUGCUUCUGCUUCUUUGGUCUUCAGAAGAAGUGACCCCACUUACUCCAAACUCUUGCUCAAAAGGGCCAUCAGGGUGUUUGCAUUUGCUGAUAAGUACAGAGGAACCUACAGCAACCCAUUGAAGGCCGAUGUAUGUCCUUUCUACUGCUCUUACUCAGGUUACCAGGAUGAGCUAUUGUGGGGUGCUGCUUGGCUUCAGAAGGCCACGAAGAACCCAAGCUAUCUUAACUACAUCCAAGUUAAUGGACAGAUCCUUGGGGCUGGAGAGUAUGAUAACACAUUUGGAUGGGACAACAAACAUGUUGGAGCAAGAAUUCUUCUCUCCAAGGCAUUUUUGGUCCAAAAAGUAAAAGCCCUCCAUGACUACAAGGGUCAUGCAGAUAAUUUCAUCUGUUCUCUAGUCCCCGGAGCCCCUUCCUCUUCUGCUCAAUACACUCCAGGUGGGCUUUUGUUCAAGAUGAGUGAUAGCAACAUGCAGUAUGUGACCUCGACUUCUUUCUUGCUCUUGACAUACGCGAAGUACCUAACCUCUGCCCAUAGAGUUGUCGUUUGCGGCGGAACCACCGUCACCCCUAAGAGGCUCCGAACCAUCGCCAAAAAACAGGUGGACUAUCUGUUAGGAGACAACCCUUUGAGAAUGUCCUACAUGGUGGGGUAUGGCCCACGCUACCCACAAAGGAUUCACCACAGAGGAUCAUCCCUACCGUCCGUUGCCAAGCACCCGGCAAAGAUCCAGUGCUCCGCAGGCUUCAACUUCAUGAAAUCCCAAUCCCCCAACCCCAACGUCCUAGUGGGCGCAGUCAUCGGUGGGCCCGACUUGCACGACAGGUUCCCAGAUCAACGGUCGGAUUACGAGCAAUCAGAGCCCGCCACGUACACCAAUGCCCCACUCGUAGGAGCACUGGCUUAUCUGGCCCACUCAUUUGGCCAGCUCUAGACUGAACUGAACACUCAACACUUUAGGUCUCUUUUUCGUUAUCUUAUUUUAUUAGAUUCUAGUGUCGUUUUUCUCUCGUCCUUUUUUUUUUUUUUUUUUUUUUGCGUGUAAUGUAAUGUAAUUCCUGUGGGAUUUGAAGUGCACGUAGUGUUGUGAUAGGGUCGAGGCCAAAGGGCUCAAGCCCCGAACUUUGAAAAAACACAACAGUUGUCAAGGUCCUAAUGGCUUUGAUUUAUAUAGUUUUAUUAAAAUACGUUAAUGUUGUUUAGUUUAAUUAAUUUAAGAGUUUAAGCUGCUAGGCUGGGAGGGAGAGCAAGUUUCGUGCC